GGAGGAAUGAAGGAAGGAAGAGCAAGCACAGAGGAAGGAAGGGAAGGAGGGAGGGCAGAGAAAGCGGCUCCUAUAGAGCCAAUGCAGAGGGCUGCUGGCACCCAGGGGGAGGUUAAAUCACCUGCUUUUUCUCUAUAGAUGAAGCCAUUGACCCACUUAGCUUAAUCCUUAGCCAAAAAGUGUGUGAGGCAGGUUGAGAUGUGCCUGACUCUUCCUUCUGUAAUGGGCUUAGCUGGUGGCAGGUAGGAAACAGAUGGUUGGGAAAGGUCUUGUUCCUAGGGCUUCCAGUCAGGCCUCCCAGUCAGGCCUCAAGGGUGUCUGGCUGGUCCUCAGCUUUCCAGGGAGCUCUGGGGGGCAGGAGUGGGAGUCAGAUGGAAGCCUAAGAAUGGCCUAAGCCGCCCAGUGAGCAACCCCACUCAGGCCGGGGAAGGAGCUGAGCCCGCACAGCACCGAGGGGAGGGGACCCAGCUGGGAGCCUGGAGGCUGAGAGCCCCUUCCGCUCCCACCCUGAGGGUCCCCCUGAGGAGUCACCCACCCUCUGGCCCCCAGCUCUUCCUGAGAGGUAACCACCAGGCUCUGCCCCUGCAGCACUCCCCCUCCACGCCCAGAUGCCAGAGUUGCUUCUUCCGGCACAGUGAUGGAGAAGUGGCCGGGCAGGCCCUGGCUGUGUCUGGCGCUGCUUCUGUCUCUGCCUCAGCUCUGCCUGGACCAGGAGGUCUUGUCUGGACACGCUCUUCAGACAACCCCAGAGGAGGGCUGGGUCCCUGAUGGUGUCUGGGGACCUUGGGACCAGUGGGGCCCUUGCUCCCAGCCCUGCGGGGUGGGGGUGCAGCGCAGAAGCCGGACUUGUCGACUCCCCCCGGGCCUGGCCCUGCCUCCCAGGCCCCCACGACACCCAGAAGCCCCCCAUCCCCACGGUCAGAGCCCCAGACCUCAGUCUUCCCGAGACAGGACACAGCCUUGGGGAAGGGGCAGCCCACUUCGGGGUCCUGCUUCCCAAGUGGGGAGAGAGGAGCCCCAGGAGGCCCUCAGGUCCUGGGUUCGAGAGCCCAUCAAGCCAGGCAUGUUCGGUUACGGGAGGGUGCCCUUCGCCUUGCCGCUGCAUCGGAGCCGCAGGCACUCCGGGAUCUCACCCAGGCCUGAGUCCUCCCUGGCCUCUGCUACGGUGGACAGGCCCCUUCCCUCCCUGACCCCGGGAGCAGAGCUGCUCAGCCCCCAAACUCAGCUCCUCCCUGCAGAGCCCGCUGCCCACACCUCAUGGCCCCCCGCAGAGCCUACCAGGCCCCAAACUGCUCAGACAGGGGUGCCCCCCAGAACCAGUCCUGUCCCCACACAGCCCCACCUGGGAGCCCAGGCCUCUGGCGCGGGGCCCCCCUCUCGAACCUCCUCCUCCAGAGAAAGUGGCUCCUUCCUUGCGUCCCCUCAGCCGAGAAAGCCUAACUCCCAGCGUCUAGCCAGGCCCCAGGUAGCAGGCAGGCGCCCCGAUCCUUUGCCUUCUGACCCUUGGGGCCUCGGUCAGCAGAGCCGGGGGCACUGGUGGCCUGGGGGGAGUCCUCGCGUGUCCUUCUCAGAGCCUGCCAGUCACCAUCUAGACGGCUGGCUGCCCCUGCUGUGGGGUGGGCCCCAGCCCGGCUCCCUCUGGAGCCUCUUUGCCCCCAGAGACCCUGUCCCAAGAUGUGCUGGGGAGAGAGAGCAGCUCCGAGCCUGCAGCCAGGUGCCCUGCCCCCCUGAGCAGCCAGACCCCCGGGCCCUGCAGUGUGCAGCCUUCGACUCCCAGGAGUUCAUGGGCCAGCUGUACCAGUGGGAGCCCUUCACCGAAGUUCAGGGCUCCCAGCGCUGUGAGCUGAACUGCCGUCCUCGUGGCUUCCGCUUCUAUGUCCGGCACACUGAGAAGGUCCAGGAUGGGGCUCCGUGUCAGCCUGGAGCCUUGGACAUCUGCGUGGCUGGACGCUGCCUGAGCCCCGGCUGUGACGGGAUCCUUGGCUCUGGCAGGCGUCCAGAUGGCUGUGGCGUUUGUGGGGGUGACGAGUCUACCUGUCGCCUCAUUUCCGGGAACCUCACUGACCCGGGUGGUCCCCUGGGCUACCAGAAGAUCCUGCAGAUUCCGGCUGGAGCCUCCCAGCUCCAGAUCACCCAGCUGCGGCCCAGCUCCAACUACCUGGCACUCCGAGGCCCAGGGGGCCGCUCCAUCAUCAAUGGGAACUGGGCCGUGGAUCCACCGGGCUCCUACGCAGCCAGCGGGACUGUCUUCCUGUACAGCCGUCCUCCUCGGGAGGAGGGCAGGGGGGAGAGUCUGGCAGCCGAGGGGCCCACGACCCAGCCUGUGGACGUCUAUAUGAUCUUUCAGGAGGACAACCCAGGUGUUUCUUACCAGUAUGUCAUCUCCUCACCUCCUCCAGUCCCCCAGAGCCCCGCUACAGAGCCCCCUGUGCCCCAACUGCAGCCUGAGACGCUGCGGGGCGGGUCCCCACUCCCCUCGGCGCCCCGCCCAGCCCGGACCCCAGGCACCCUGCAGCGACAGGUGCGGAUCCCCCAGAUGCCUGCCCCAACCCAUCCCAGGGCCCUCCUGAGGUCUCCAGCUGGAUACUGGAAGCGAGUAGGAUACUCAGAGUGCUCAGCAUCCUGUGGAAGAGGCAUCUGGCGCCCCGUUUUCCUCUGCAUUUCUCGUGAGUCAGGAGAGGAACUGGACGAACACAGCUGUGCCAUGGGUGCCAGGCCCCCAGCCUCCCCUGAGCCCUGCCACGGCCCACCGUGCCCUCCACACUGGGAGCCCGGUGAGUGGACAGCCUGCAGCCGCUCCUGUGGGCCCGGCACCCAGCACCGCCAGCUGCACUGCCGGCAGGAGUUUGGUGGGGGAGGCUCCUCAGUGGCCCCAGAGCGCUGCGCACACCUCCCUCGGCCCAACACCACCCAGCACUGCCAGCUGCUCCUCUGCGGCCACUGGGAGGUGGGCUCGCCCUGGAGCCAGUGCUCAGCCCAGUGUGGGACGGGAAUCCAGCGGCGCUCAGUGGUCUGCCUUGGGAGCAGGGAGACCCACAGGCUGGGCCAGGAGGAUGAGGGAGCAGGAACCAGGGAGCAGAGCUGCCCGCCAGGAAGCCGCCCUCCCGACAUGCGUGCCUGCAGCUUGGGGCCCUGCGAGAGGACGUGGUGCUGGUACACAGGGCCCUGGGGUGAGUGCUCCUCGGAGUGUGGCUCCGGCACACAGCAUAGAGACGUCAUCUGUGUGUCCAAACUGGGGACUGAGUUCACUGUGACUCCUCCCAGCAACUGUUCCCACCUGGCCAGGCCGCCCACCGUGCAGCCCUGUCAGGGCCAGGCCUGCCAGGAUCAAUGGUUUUCCACAGCCUGGAGUCCGACGAUAGGUGCAAGGACAGCUCUCCACACUGCCCCCUGGUGGUCCAGGCCCGGCUCUGCGUCUACCCCUACUACACAGCCACCUGCUGCCGCUCUUGCGCCCGCGUCCUGGAGCGCUCCCCGCUGGAGCCCGCCUGAAAUGGGGCCCGGAGGCCUCUCCUCCCGGUUCUCUCGAUCAGCCCAUGCGGUGCCCCUGGCUCUCCAGCCUGUCCCAUUAUACCUGGGAUACCCUCCAGGGCGACUGAAGGUGGAGGCCACAGACGGCGGCUGUCCGGAUGUGUGGCAGGGUCUGCGUUUGUGGUGUGAUGUGUGUGCACCUGCGCCCCGUGUGUGCCCUCAGAUUGGGGUAUCACUUCCCAAAGAGAAGUCACAGGGGCGGAAAGGAGUGGGGGAGCAGACAGUACUUGUUUCCCCGAGACUUUUCUAGGCUGAGAGGAAAGGAAGUUUGCAGCUCCUCACUAAUCUGAGCUACUUAGAAUGUGGUCUCCUCAGCAAUGGCAAUUUUGCACCCUAAACCUGAUUUCUCAUAUUCAGGCCUCACAUUUUCUAAACCACUCUUUUGGACCGGGAGUGUAGCUCAGUGGUAGGCUGCUGGCCAGGAAUGCACCAAGCCCUGGGUUUGAUCCCCAGCACACCCCCCCCCAGCCACCCUUUUGGCUCUGACCCCCUCACUCCGUGCCCAUCUCCAUCCUGGCCUCCCUGAUUGGCGAGGGAGAGGGUCAGCCGUAGCCAGUCCUACCCCCAGGCCAGAGCAGGGACCAUCUGAACCAAGGGUGGAGACAUGUUAGAAGACACCCCGCCCCUGCCCCCACUUCCCAUCUCCUUAAAUGGCUCCCGCCCCAGAAGUAAUUUAUUUUUUAUUAAAGUUGAUUAUGACAAAUGA